CGGGGCGGAGCUCCGGAAGACACGUUGCGUCACAUCCUAAGCUCCACCCCUAGCUCCGUCUUCUAAUCGUGUUCUUCCGGCCCGGCCUUCCUCUUCGCCUUUCCUCCUCCAUCGUGAGCCUUGCGACUAACAGGGCUUCUUGCUAUGUCUUCUCACAAGACUUUCCGAAUCAAGCGAUUCCUGGCCAAGAAACAAAAGCAGAAUCGUCCUAUUCCUCAAUGGAUUCGGAUGAAAACUGGUAACAAAAUCAGGUACAACUCCAAGAGAAGACACUGGAGGAGAACAAAGCUGGGUCUGUAAGGAUUCACACAAUGGCAAGAAUGAAGGUUUAUACAGAGUUAUGAUCAUCAUCAAAUGGGUCCUGUGAUCAUCAGUCAAUCCUACCAGAUGGAAUUUUGGUUUUGUCUAAACUGGGGAUGGAGUUUGUCUCAUAAUAAAAUGUAGAACGUGUCAAACCGC